AUGCCUUCUCCAUACGCAGCGCCCACUGCGUAUAUCUCUGGCGACGAUCAUCUUGACGGAGACGAACUCAACAUCAACGAUAUCAACUUGAAUGAUGAUAGCAGCAAUAGAGACCCACAAGCAUACGAAGGGGCAAUUGACGAAAUACACCAGGAAGAUCCAGCUUUACCACUGAUCGAAGAAACAAAUGUUACCAGUCAUGAACGGAUCCUUUUUCAUCCACCGACAACUUGCUCGAAGAACGAUGAGAUUCCAGCACUUAGCCCAAGCAGAGAGCCAGAUUUAAACUGUCCAAUUUGCCAUGACGACUACGAUAACAAGUCGUUGGUUGAACCCUGCCUUCAUACGUUCUGCCUGGCAUGCUUGAAAGAAUCAGUAAAGAUAUCGAUUGAAACGACCCAGGUUCCGAUAUGUCCGCACUGUCGUCAAUCAAUAAUUGUCAUUUAUCAUAGCAUGUUGGAAGAUGGACAGGCUACAAAGGAGAAGAUCAUAUCGCCCACAGAAAUGGAGUUUCAGGAAACUGUUGAUCUAUUGAACGACAGACGACCGGACAUUCGACAGGCUAUAGAAGAUCGACAAGAGAUCUCGGAGCGAAUCGAAAGUGAAGAAGGCUCGUCUCUUUCUGCAGCGGACAUGGCAAGUCGUCUUGAAAACGUUACACAGAAGGCCUCUGAGAUCGCGUCUGAUGUGGCUUCGAGAUACAGCUAUGAAACCCCCCUUAACGCACCACCCGUUGAGAUUAUCUUGGAAUUUUACGACAUAGUUAUGAGUCUAAUCCGAGCCGCUAAAACAGAACAGCAAAUGAUCACUGUCAAACCUGUCCUAAUCAGAGUCAACGGCCAAAUCCGGAGAAUGGAAGAUUGUGUGGUAGAGCAUCGAUGGCCAGAUUCUUAUUGGAGAGCACACGGAUUGCGGUAUCUUUCUAGACCAGUCGAGCUUGUAAUACUACCCACAAGCCUCCUGGAAGACAAACCUCGAGGAACAAGAGGAGAACUUCUCUCAAUUAAUGACAUACUGAAAGAUUAUUUUGCAGGCGAGAGAGAAAGCUGCGGAUGGGAAGAGCAGCGACUCGGUACCCUCACAGAGCUGAGCUUUCCGUUCAAUACAAGCAUGAUUCCAACCAACGUGGAAGAGGAGUUGGUGAUCAACUUCCCCCAUGCCGCGCUCUCAGAGGAAUUGAAUUGCUUCGCUCGCCGUAGUGUAGAUCGUAUGGAACAAAUCGAUGGAUUUUUUCACAUCAUAAUUGAUGGUAAUUCUGUGUUGACGAGACCAAUUGAUGGAAUCCAAGGACCCGAUAGACAAGCUCUCAAUAAAUGGCUCGAGUGGAAUGACGAGUUCCUCAAGAUGCUCGAAGUGUUGAGGCCGGCAGCUCAUAAAAGUGAUGAAGUUGCGAGUGUUCUUAAUCCUGUUAUUCGCAGAGUGAACAGACGAAAGCGUUUGUUGUGGUUGAUUUAUAGGGAAGCCGAUUAUAGUUAG